GAGGAGAACUAAAAAAAAAUGGGGGAGAAACUGCGAGGGCUGAAGGUAGUGCUCAUACUGAAGAACAAGUAAGAAAUCAAACAGAACAACUACUAAAGCCAGGAAGCAAUAUGUACUGUGCUUACUUCACAGUCAGAAUGUGUGAAGAUUUCACAGUAUGUGGUUAAACUCCAGCAUCAUUCUUGCCUGUGGUAACUCAUGCAAACCUGAGAUGAGUCAAGCUCUCUGGUGCUUAGACCGCUUGGCCGCUAGUUUGGGGCGGCGCCCGGCGGUCUGAGCCCGACGCCACUCCUCCUUCCUGCUGGCCAGCCGCGGGAACGCGGCAUGGCCUCUCUGGACCUACCAUACCGCUGUCCUCGCUGUGGGGAGCACAAGCGCUUCCGGAGCCUGUCAUCGCUACGCGCCCACCUGGAGUACAACCAUACCUACGAGACUCUCUACGUGCUGUCCAAGUCCAACAGUGUGUGCGACGCUGCUGCGCUGCUCCCCCUGGUGGCCGACAGCGCCCUGGCUGCUGAGUCCCGCUUUCCGUACCGUGAGCUUCCCUGCUCAAGUGACGAAUCUUCCUCCUCCGCUGCCCGCUACCUUCCCAAUGUGGAGUUCCCCCUGGGCGAGAUACUCGUGAAGAAAGCCAUGAGCUCUGCGGACGCUGGGAACGCAAACAACGCCGUAGCCGUGGCAGCCAACGUGGCGGCGAGCGCAGUGGAGGCUGCCUAUGAGGAGGGCCUGGCAAGGUUAAAGGCCAGGGCCUUCGAGCGCCUUGAGCUGGACGAGAGGCUGGAGAAGCUGUCAGAGGAGGUGGAGCAGAAGAUCGCAGCACGUGUGGGACGUCUGCAGGCUGAGCUGGAGCGCAAGAGCUCUGAGCUGGAGAAGGCCAAGCUGGAGAGUGAGAGACUGAGCCAGGAGAAGCAAGACCUGGAGGACAAGGCUUCGGAGCUGUCACGCCAGGUGGACGUGUCUGUGGAGAUGCUGGCCAGCCUCAAGCAAGACUUAGCGAACAAGGAGCAGGAGCUUACUCACAAACAGCAAGAGGUGGCACAAAUCGAUCAGUUCCUGCAGGAGACGGCGGCGCGGGAGGCCAGCGCGAAAGUGCGCCUGCAGCAGUUCAUCGAGGAGCUCCUGGACAGAGCCGACCGCGCUGAGAAACAGCUCCAGAUCAUCAGCAGCUGUGGAACAACACCAAACGGCAGCCUGGGCUGCUGCAGCCUGCAGGGCUCCAAAGCCAAUGGACGACAGAGGAACUCCAGUAUCUCUGGAUCAAGGGGCAUGUACCAAGUGUCUGAUCGGCGCUCCUCCCCCAGCACUGGGGCAUCUGGCCGGGUGAAGUCGGUGUCUCAGGGCUCGGCAGUAGGCUACGACAGUGACAGUGUAGACCUGCAUGCUCUGGAGGGCAGCCUGGAGGCACAGUACUACCAUGCACAGUGCCGCCUCGGAGAGUCUGGGGCUUACGAGCGGGCCCCUUCGUCUGGCGGGGCUCCCCGCAACUGGGGGCUCCGCAAGCAGGCCAUCCAGAACUGGCAGCGGCGGCCCUACCGCAAUAGCACAGAAGGCGAAGAGGGCGAUGUGUCUGAUGUGGGCUCCCGUACCACCGAGUCGGAGGCGGAACUCUGGGAGCAGGAGAGGAGGGCGUCCGCUGACAGCCAGCAGCACGGAGGCCACCGCGGAGGAUACCGGCUAGGCACAGGGCGUUCAGAAGCUGGCUACAAACCCUGCCGCCAUGAGAAGAGCCCCUCUAAGUCCAAUGAGGUGAUUAGUCCUGAGGUGCUGAAGAUGCGGGCUGCGCUGUUCUGCAUCUUCACCUAUUUGGACACCAAAACCCUGCUGAGGGCUGCUGAGGUGUGCCGGGACUGGAAGUUUGUGGCGCGUCACCCAGCCGUCUGGACCAGGGUGCUUCUGGAAAACGCUCGCAUCUCCUCCAAGUUCUUGUGCACACUGUCUCAGUGGUGCACGCAGACGCACUCUCUAAUCCUGCAGAACCUCAAACCCAGGCAGAGAGGGAAGAAGGAGACCAAGGAGGAGUAUCUGAAGAGCACACGUGGGUGUCUAGAGGAGGGUCUGGAGGCCUUGCUAAAAGCUACAGGAGGAAACCUGCUAAUUCUGAAGGUGUCUCAUUGUCCUAACCUGCUGACUGACCGCUCUCUGUGGCUGGCCAGCUGCUACUGCCGAGCUUUGCAAGCUGUUACGUAUCGGAGUGCCACAGACCCUGUGGGCCAAGAAGUUAUCUGGGCAUUAGGAGCAGGCUGCAGAGACAUUAUCUCCCUACAGGUGGCGCCCUUACAUCCCUGUCAACAGCCAGCACGAUUCAGUAACAGAUGUCUGCAGACGAUUGGCCGAUGCUGGCCACACCUGCGAGCCUUGGGAGUAGGCGGAGCUGGAUGUGGUAUACAAGGCUUGGCUUCUUUGGCAAGGAACUGCAUGCGGCUACAGGUGCUGGAGCUGGACCAUGUCAGUGAGAUAAACCAGGAGGUGGCUGCUGAGGUGUGCCGAGAGGGUCUAAAGGGCCUGGAGAUGCUGGUGCUCACCUCAACCCCGGUCACUCCUAAAGCCCUUCUCCACUUUAACAGUGUGUGUCGUAACCUGAAGUCCAUCGUUGUGCAAAUAGGUAUUGAAGAUUAUUUUGAAGACCCCAACAGCCCGGAGGCAAGAAAGCUCUUUGAUGAGAUGGUGAACAAGCUCCAGGCGUUGAAGAAGAGACCAGGCUUCUCCAAAAUCCUCCACGUGAAGGCUGACGGUCUGUGCUAACCACACACCACUAUAAUGAAACCCAGCGCAAGGUUGUGAAAUCCUCCAACCUGAACAAGUCAUUCUCUCCUCUGUGAAAAAGGCUGAACCUCCAUCUUCAGUCUCAGCUACCAUGUCACUGACAAACAGGAAACUCCAUACUACAGUAUUAUGAGUUGAAGACAAUAAACCUGUAACUAACAUAGCUAACAGGUUUGGAUUUUUAACAGUCUUCAGAGGGACAUUAUGAUCGGUCUCCUUUCAGCGACACAAGCUGAAACAGAUUCAGAUAAUGGGCUGAGUUUUAAUGGAUAAGACACUCUCUGACUUAUUCAUGACUUUGUCUCAUACGUCAAAGACCGUAUCUUUGUCUUCAUAGCACACAGCUGCAACCUGGAGUGGCCUCUUCUUCCAGCCAAGGAACAUGAAGAUUUCAAAAGCUGGUGAACCAUGGAACUCAAGCAGCACAUGUAUGAAAUAUACAGUUACAAAGGAAGGAACAGACUGAGGAAGGGUAUGAGUGUGCAUGUGUGUUUGUUUGUGCGUGUGGUGUGCAGUUUUGCUCCUUGAUAUUAAGCAAAACAGAGAACCUAGAAAUGAAAUUCAACACGUCACCACCACUGACUUGGGUUAGCAUUCUAAUGGCCAUAUUUCUGUAGAACACCAACUCAUCAACAACACCAGCUUCACUCUUAGCAAUCUAAGUCCCUUCCGUAAGGAAACUCCUUAGAAUCUAUUGCUAUAGCAGCUUUGUCCUGCCCAAUCAAUGAAAACACCAGGAUGUAGAAAAAGAAAGCCAGCGAAUGCAAGAGAUUCUCCUGCAGUAUCUUCUCUUAUAAGCAGAAUCAGCAAGUGUGUUCCCUUUUACAGUAAUUUACUAUUAUUCACAUCUUACCAUGAGAUUAAGUGUUACUUCUCUCAUGUGUACCCAGUUCUUUGGACUGGGUUGCAUGCAGUUUUGUGGUGCCGUCUUUUUGAAAAUGUGCUCUUCACAGGUUUUUAGGAGGGUUAAAAAACGUUUCGUUGAUUUAGGUUGAAUCCAUGGUGCCAUUCGUGUCCUUGAGGGAUAUCAAGGGUUAUAGACUACAUUCUGCAUCAGCAUCCACGAAAAAGAUGACAUUUCAAUUUAGCUGACGUGGUGCUUUCACUCCAUUGCCAGAUGAGCAUUACUGAUAAUGUUGGUAACUUUAAGUUCUCAUAUUCAGUCCAUGAAAAAGCCUUUUUUACCAUUCAGCAUAUUAUCACUGAUCAUGUGUUGGCUUUUCUUCCCUGCAGCUCAGGUUGUGUCUCAGUAGAGCUACUGAGCAAGUCUGAAGAGAUGAUGCUGCUGCUUUUGCACUGAACCACACACUUUCAGUGGGUACGUUUGAAUCCCCGUAGGGUGUCACUGUAGGGGAGCACCAUUAGAAAUAUGGUGUCCUUACCAGCGGCAUUUUUCAUGUUCUGCCUUUUCUUUGAGAGUGAUACAGUAAAGAACCCAUUUGUGUAGAUACAUACGUUUUGCUUGAUAGGUUAAAUCUGGCUCCCAGUAGGUUGGGGACUACAGGAACAGGCAAGAUUCAGAGAAAAUUCUCCCCAAGCCCUGUGCAAUUGCAUUUUCCCUUGAAUCACAUUUGUCAGGUAGAGAUUGAGUUGAGUUUGAUAAGCUCUUAUUUUGCCAAGACUCAUUAACAUCUGGAGAUGUUACAGUAUGCCAUAGCUCUGAUGCUCCUUCAGAAACUUGCUAAUGCAAUAAUUACAAUGCAGGCAAUGGUUUCUACCACGUUUCUGCACUCUUGGUACUGUACCAGUUACCCAUCAGGCAAUGGUGUUCCCCUUGGGCCAGCCUCUACUCCAAGUGCUUUAGUCCAGGGGGAUCACUCUCAUGGUGCAAUGCUGUACUUUCUGUCUUAAAAAAAACUCCUCACAGGGCUUAACUGGACUGUAUUCUACUGAGUGCCCUGUCUUGACCUCUGUAUACGUUCUACAGCUGGCUUGAAGAGUUGAAUGGUUGGUGUAGGAUGGUUCUUGAGCUGGUGAUGCUUGGUAGAACUAGUAGGAGAGACUAUAGUGAGAUAUUGUUGAUCAUACAACAUUCCUUUCAUUCUAAUGCGGACUGGGGUUCAACUAUAAUGGUGGCGUUCCAGUGCUGGAACAGUGCACUUCUUCAACUAGCCCACUUGUCUACAUUUUGAGUUCCUGACAAUCCGUCUCCUGAAGACUAUAAAAGCUGUACAUAUGUUGUUUAUGCAGAUCUAAGGAAUUAUGUUAAUAUUCUUAGGUGGAAGUGAAGGAGAAAAAAAUGGAGCAUCAUCAAGGUCCUCCACUCCAAACAGAUUUUUGGUUUUCCAAAGUUUCUUCUGUGGUGCCCAAGUUCAACCACAUGAAAUAUGACUUUCAAAGAAUAGUGUUGAAUUUGCAGUACGUUGUGUAUCAUAGAUGCUUUAUAUAUUGAAUGUGUAUCAGAGUCCUAUAGAGAUGGAAAUUAUUUAAAAAGAGAAAAAGUUUAUUUGAGCUAUUUAUUUCUAUAAAAAUGUCUAUAAUGAUGGCAUGUUUGUGUUCAUGCAUAAUACAUCAUGUUGCCUUCUUAACUGUUCGACUAUAGUUGCUAGAAUAUUAGAUGUAAGAGCUUUAUUGCUUGCUAUGUUUCAUUUUUAGGCUGAGCAAUCUUUGCACCAUAAUAUAAAAAAAAGAAAUGCUAAUGUUUAGUAUUAAGGUGUUAUUUGGUGUCACUUUGUUUAAUGUUGAGCUUUUUGCAGUAUUUGGCAUAUGAUGCACUUUUUAUCCAAGCUCAUUCUGAGUUCAGUGAUUGCUAGUUUUGUAAAGUUCUGUAACAAACCCAUUCUAUCUUCAGUAAUGGCCAUGCAAUCCUUCCAUCACUGGAUUUCUUCUCUCUUGUGCCAAAACACAGGAAAAACUAGCUUUACCAUGACAAAAGUUUCUUUUCAUAUGAUUUACCAUGACGACAGGGCCUAGUUUCCCCAUGUCAGUUAAGUGGGUGUCAUAAAUUAGCAUAGUUUUGCAGUGCUUUGAGAAGCUAGGCCCUGAAUGCUCUUUGGUGAACACCUGCUGUUAAAACAUCAUGAUUGUAGAAGUUCAUUUUGAAAUAAAGUACAAUUGCACAAGA